GCUCGUUGACACUGUGUGGUUUUAACUGUGAAGCUCAGAGGAAUCAGGAACAAAGGCUCAAAUCAAGUGGAGUUUUGCAUCUUUGAGCCACAUUCCCCAAACAUCCAGUCAGUGAGGUUAGCGGCGCGCGGACAGAGGUGCGAGGGCCACGUGCGGAACCGAAUUUGCAGAAGUCCUGCAAAUUAAGAGGAAAACUCCUGCAGAACCCAGCGCACCUUUUGGAUUUGUUACUUUUUUGGCACACUUUUACGCACGCGUGUGCCGCGCUCUGUGACAGCGCGAGAAACUUUGCUUGUGCAGAGACCUCACCAUGCUUUUUUAAAGUGUUGGAUGCUUGGGGAAAAAAAAAGUCGAACCGAGGACUGUAAAUCAGAAGGAGGCGAAUUCGCGCAGAGGUGAAGCGAGGACAGAUAGGCUGCUUUCUCGCGUUUCAGCCGCUUCGGGGGCGUCCAUCUGACCGGGGAUAAGUUGUCAACAAGAGCGGCGAGCGGAGGCGCGCUGGCAGGUGUACAAGUUCAUUUACAUGCAUACGUCCUAUCACGCCACUAAAUAUAGAAGUUGUCCGAGCAGCCUUAACUUUCUCCUCCCACCCGCGGCCCUGCAGCAGCUCCACGCACCGGGCGUGUGCGUGUGCCUAUAUAUACACCACACAGGCUGGUUUUCCUUCUCGCAAUCUGUAUUCGAGAGGUCUGCCCGCGGUCGGUUUGGCUGUGAGGGCGGGAGUCGUCGCAUGGACUGACAUGGCCACCGACCUUGCCAUGAGCGCAGAGCUGCCCAACAGCCCGCUGGCCAUCGAGUACGUCAACGACUUCGACUUAAUGAAGUUCGAGGUGAAGAAGGAGCCGCCGGAGGCCGACCGCUACUGUCACCGCCUCCCGUCCGGCUCCCUGUCCUCCACACCGAUCAGCACCCCUUGCUCGUCCGUGCCUUCCUCGCCCAGCUUCUGCGCCCCGAGUCCCGGUACGCAGCCCGGCCAGGGCCUGGGCGCAGGUGGAAGCGUGAACAGCAGCGGCAACAGCAACAACAGCAGCGGCACCAACAAUCACAGCGGUGCGGCCAAGCCCCAGCUGGAGGACUUGUACUGGAUCCCGAGUUACCAGCACCACAUCAAUCCAGAGGCGCUCAACUUGACGCCCGAGGACGCGGUGGAAGCCCUGAUCGGCAACGCGCACCACCACCACCACCACCAGGCCUACGAGGGCUUCCGCGGGCAGCAAUACAUGGGGGAGGACCUGUCCGCGGCCUCCGCCGCGCACCACCACCAGCCCCACCACCACCAUCACCACCACCACCACGGCCACCAUGUCCGCCUGGAGGAUCGCUUCUCAGACGAGCAGCUGGUCAGCAUGACAGUGCGCGAGCUGAACCGGCAGUUGCGCGGCUUCAGCAAGGAGGAGGUGAUCCGCCUGAAGCAGAAGCGGCGCACCCUCAAAAACCGGGGCUACGCGCAGUCGUGCCGCUUCAAGCGCGUGCAGCAGCGGCACAUGCUGGAGACGGAGAAGUGCACGCUGCAGAACCAGGUGGAGCAGCUGAAGCAGGACGUGGCGCGCCUCGCCAAGGAGAGGGAUCUAUACAAGGAGAAGUACGAGAAGCUGGCCAGCCGGACCUUCAGCGCCGGCGGAGCUGCCAGCACGAGAGAUCCGUCCGCAAAACAGGCCGACUUCUUCAUGUGAGCCGGACUCCGACCUGCGCCGCCCAUCUUCCCAUCACCUCCCAAACACACCUCCUCUGCGUUUGUUUACAGUUUCCCCCAUUGAAAGAGAACUCUCUAAAGCUCCGCAUCUUAAACUCAAACAGGCCUCGGAGUCUUAAAGACGCUGCGCUCUCAGCGCGCGGACUUUACACAAGUCUUAAAGAAAGUUUUCACUCAGAUCCGAGCGCAAGUCCACAAGGAAAAAAGAAAGCUUUUUGAAAUUAUAUUGGACCUUUAGGACUGCAGCUGCGCGCGCAGCCUCCACUUGAACACUUCUGCAACCCUGCAUGCAGGACAUGUACGGUAACCCCCCUCCCCACUUUUCCACAACCAGUCAUCUUCCGUCCACAUGUAUGAAGACAGCAUGACCCACGCUUCCCCACCCACCCAUCUCCUUACCGCCCCCCCAGGAGAGGCGCAAAGACUCCAAACAAUCCGCUCAGAACGUCUUUAAUUGCUAUUUUCAAUCAACUUUUCUAUUGUUUUAAAAAGAGAUUAAUCCAGACUGUAUUUAUGUCCACCUGUAUGUACAUAAGGAAAUAGAGAAAAGAAAGGCCUCACUUAUUUUCUCUUUUUUAAAGCUUUUGUUGCUUGGAUUAUCGUCUUAAAACAAAUGUUUGUAUGUUACAGCAUGCAAAUUGUCUAUGAUAUCCUCCUUUGAUCCUAUGUGAUGAACUGCACUAAAAAGGUGAUCAAACUGGUCAGGAGAUGUUUUUUUUUUUUUUUUAAUAAGAAAACCUGGAUGUAAAUUUGAUCAUUUAUUGGAAGGACUGCUGCUAAAACUCUAUGCACCAAUCUGAUGAUGAAAAUGUGUUUUUUGUAAUCUGUAGAGGAGAAUGUGUCGGGCCUGCGGGUUUGUCUGAUUGUAAGAAAAUUAGAUUUUCUUUCUUUUUUUUCUUUGCCUGAUGGUAGCUGUUUGUUCUUGGGGAAAACUUGCAUUAUUCUGUCUACAACAAAUCUCUGGUACGCGUGCGCGUGUUUUUCUGCUGCGUUGAUAUAUGUGCAAUAUUGUGCAGAAGGCUACCUGUUGCAUGGACUGCAAAUGAUGGCGUUUAGGUCAAAUAUUCGUUUGUUACAAUUUUAUGCAUUAACUAUAUCCCCCAAAAACGUUUUAUCUAAAUUAUUUUUAUUUAAUUUAAAACUUUUUUGCAACAAUCCCUGCAAAAAUUAUUGUCAUCUUCCCUGUUAUAAGGAACUUUCUAUUUUACCAGCCGUCCAUGAAAGCAUCAACUUCUGCACAGUGCUGUCAAUGUAUAUCUGUACAUAUAAUUUCUAUAUUUAUUCAAUGUCCUGAUGUGUCAACAAGUAAGAAAAAAAAUCCUGCAAAACCAAUGGAACGUUGUUGGAAAAAUUCUUGUUUUCAUAAUGUUUAAUAAAAAGUUCUGUCCCCCCCCCAAAAUUAAACGGAAUUGUGCGCGCGUUUUAUUUUGAAAUAAAUAAAUAAAGGCCUCUUGUUCAAAUGUAAACGAU